AUGCGGUGUUCGCUGCUGGAAACGAGGGGGGAAAUAAAAACGCGUUACAAAAGCGUUUCUUCAUUUCAAGGCUAUUCCCUCGUUGAGGCGGAUGGUAUGAUGGUUGCGCUUGCUCUGGCUGCCUACAACGACUGCGGCGCGGUGUAUGCUGACAUUUGGGCAAAGUUGCAGCCAUACAGAGACGGCAAUAAGUUUGUACAAGACGCUACUCGGGAAGAAAGGCGGGAAACGUUGCGUGUGACCAAACUUUUUGAAGAAGAGGGCCGCGAUAGCCGAGUGCUCAGCCCCAAGGCUGUGGUGAAGGAAAACAAAAAUAUUUCUUAUUGCGUCAAGCAGCACCUUGACCGACACCACCUCGAACUCUUUGCUGCGUGGGUUCCACAGGCAUUUUGGGUUGGUUGGUGGUGA